UGGUAUGCUUCUUUUUUUUGUGUUUUUUGUGUUUUUGUUUCCAUUACAUGCCAAAGCGUUUCUUGCCUCAAAAUACAAUUACAGCUUUGCAUUAACUUUCCUCAAAAUACAAUUACAGCUUUGCAUUAACUUUCUUGCUCGUCUACUUCCACCUUCCCUUUCAGUGUAUAUGACAAAGACUGAACUCAAAAGUGUUGCAAUAUAAUCUCUCGGAUUCUUCUCAUUUGAGGCCACAACCACCAGAUCACAGAAAUGGGCUUCUACUUCAAUUCUCACACGCUGGCCUCUUUCUUCCUGCUCUUAGCAUUCCCAGCCUUCACUUAUGGAUGGGGAAUUGUCGGCCACCAGAUUAUUUGCCAGAUUACCCAGGAUCGUUUAAGUGAGUCAGCAGCUGCAGCGGUUAAAGAACUACUCCCUGCCUACGCAGAGAACGACCUAAGCACCCUUUGCUCUUGGGCAAAUACAAUCAAGUUUCGAUACCGUUGGUCGUCGGAACUUCACUACAUUGAUACCCCUGAUGAUCUUUGCACUUAUAAUUACAACAGGGAUUGCAAAGAUGAAGAUGGUGUGAAAGGGAGGUGUGUCUCAGGUGCCAUCACUAAUUAUACUAAUCAGCUUCUCACCUAUGGAAGCUCUGCCGAUGAAUCACAAUAUAAUCUCACUGAAGCACUUCUAUUCCUUUCUCACUUAAUGGGUGACAUCCAUCAGCCUCUUCAUGUAGGAUUUACUUUUGAUAGAGGAGGAAAUACGAUCCCAGUGCGUUGGUUUAGAAGGAAAUCAGAGCUCCAUCAGGUCUGGGAUAAAGAUAUUAUUGAGACAGCAGGAGAUCGAUUUUACGACAAUGUUGUGGAGGAAUUUCUCGACGCACUCAAACAAAACAUCACUGGAGAGUGGUCUGAUCAAGUUAUGAAAUGGGAGAAAUGCAGCAAUAACAAGGUCGCUUGUCCUGAUGUGUAAGUAGAAUUUGCACUCUGUGUUCAUUAGAGAAACAACCCAGUGCACAAAAUUCCUCUUGUUUCCUUAAAUUUGAACCAGUGAUUACCAGGUCAUGCGACAAUAAUUUUACCGUUGCACUUAAGCUAUGAAAUGAAAAUGAU